AUGGCGGAAAAAAGGUUUUUUUCGAGUGAUAAUAAUGCGACAAUAACAAUAUUGACCGUAUUGAUACUUUUGCAAUUUCACGUGUUUAGCGUUUUUUGUGAUUUGCACGGAUUUUCACCGCAAAAAAUGUCACCGGAUGAACAAAAGGAUGUCGGAAGUGGUGGCGGUGGUGGUGGGGGUAGUCGUAGUGGAGAAUGGUUUUACAAAUCCAUAACAAAAGGUUUUAAAUUACCUGAUCGGGAUGGCGGUGGUGGUGGUGGUGGUGGAGUGGGUAAAUUUUCUAAAACGGGAGAAAUAUUAACGCGUGAAAUAAAAAUAAAACAGGGUAAAUUGAGGGGCCUGGUAAAAGAAUUUAAAAAUAAAAAAUUAAAAAAUGUCGAAACUUUUUUGGGGAUCCCAUAUGCGGCGCCCCCGGUUAAAUCCCUAAGGUUUAUGCCGCCGGGAAGUCCGCCAACGUGGAAAGACGUUAAAAUUUUCGAUUAUUUCAAACCUGUUUGCCCUCAAAAGGCACCGGAUUUAAAUCACGAACCUUUGAAAACUAUCAACGCCGGUUAUUAUAAUCGUUUGAAAAGGCUCAUGCCUUUUUUAACGAAUCAAAGCGAGGAUUGCCUUUAUUUAAACGUUUACGCACCAGUAAGAGAUAAUAAAUAUCAAAAAAAAUAUCCCGUCAUUGUUUACAUUCAUGGAGAAUCAUUUGAAUGGAAUUCGGGAAAUCCUUACGAUGGUUCCGUUUUGUCCAGUUAUGGAAACGUUGUCGUUGUUACAAUUAAUUUUCGUUUGGGAAUUUUAGGUUUUCUAAAACCCGGUUUAAACGAACACACGGUUAGCAAUUUCGGACUUUUGGAUCAGAUAGCAGGUUUGCAAUGGAUAAAAGACAACAUCGGAGAAUUCGGAGGAGAUUCGUCAAUGGUCACACUCAUGGGUCACGGAACCGGAGCUGCUUGCAUUAAUUUUUUAAUGGUUUCACCUGUUUCGAUGGCAUCCGAAGGUUUGUUUCACAAAGCCAUACUCAUGUCGGGUACGGCACUCUCGGAUUGGGCACUAACACAAAAUCCUCUACAAUUUACCAUACAAGUUGCGGAAUCUUUAAACUGUCCUCUCGUCGACGAAAAUGAUGAACUGUCCAAUUGUCUGAGACGUAAAAGACUUUCUGAUAUAAUGUCCGUCAAAGUCGACGUACCUGAAUUUCAAACCCCUUUUGGACCCAUCGUCGAUGGAAGCGUCGUACCAAACACUCCACAACAAGUUAUGGGAGUUUAUCAAAAUUUAUUCACGAGGUACGACAUGUUGUACGGAAUGACAGAGUGGGAAACGUAUCAUUCAUUGGAUCCGGUUAGUUUAACUUACGGCAUGUUAGAGGGAGAAAGAAACGAACAUUUGAGAAAAUUUAUGUACGCGAGAUACGAAGCACUUCCAUACUUUGCACUCGCAACGACGUUGAGCGAAUAUUUGGACUGGAGAAAACCCGUACCUUCCAUAAAAUCAGCAGCGGAAGAACAUCGAGAUUUAGUUUUGGAUUUGUUAAGCGACGUAAGAUAUUCGGCACCGGUUAUACAAAUGGCGGGUUAUCAUUCCAAAAUAAAUCCAAAAUCUUAUCUAUACGUAUUUAAACACAAGAGUAAAAUGGGAGAAUUUGCCGGAGUCGAAAGGAGCGUUUCCGGUGAAGAAAUUUCUUACGUUUUUGGUUGUCCUUUACUGAACGAAGAAGGAUCGCUUUCUCAUCAUAAAUUUACACUUACUGAACAAUUACUAUCGGAAUCAAUAAUAACGUAUUUUACCAAUUUUGCUAAAACCGGUAAUCCAAACGCACCGAGAAGAUCCGAGUAUUUAAAUUUGGGACCCAAAGAGUGGCAACAAUUUGACGUUUACUGGCCCGAAUACGAUAAUAAUAAUCAAAAUUAUUUGGCAUUGAGCAUUCCACCAUUUGUCGGACGUCACUAUCGAACACAAAUGAUGCAAUAUUGGAAUAAAAUCCUACCGGAAUUAUUAAGUAAUCCGACAAAAGUAAAACAGCAAAAACCGGAAAUACCAUUUUAUCAAAAAACGACGACGACGACGACGACAUUUCCGUCAAACAAUUUUAAUAAUAAUAAUGAUGAAGUGAAAAAAACAAACGACGAUAAAUAUUCUUGGAGUUACGACGCCAUGAAAAUAUCACCCAACGAAUAUCAAAAAGAUAACCGGAAGUCGAUACCUUUUAAAAAUCGAGAUAUUUACGAAGAUGAUUUCGUACAAACUCGAGAUAUCGAAACACCGGAAAAUGAUGACAAACGUACAAACGACGAUAGAAGUCAUUAUGCUUGGGUGACGUCACUCGUCGGCGUGAGCGUUUGUUUACUAAUAAUCAACGCCGUUAUAAUAUCCGUUUAUUAUUAUAAACAAAAAAAAAGAAAGAAUUCGAAUACGAAAAAAGAAAAAAAAAAGAAUCGCGUGACGCAAAAUGGCGACGACGAUGACCACGUCGAUGACGACCGCAACGAAUGUAAAAUAAAAUCGAAUACAUCUUUGGAAAAUUUUUAUCCGACUGAUGGAGAAUGUUCGACGAGUGUCAUGGAACCCGAUACGCGGGAAAACAUUCCGAAAAAAUUACGUAGAGUUUUAUUAAUUGAUAACGCGGCGGAAAAUGGAUCAAAAUUUAAAAAAUGGUUGUUGCAAACGAAUAUAUAUAAGAAAAAAUACGGAAACGACGACGACGACGGCGACAGCGCCGGAAACGCGGCGAAAUUUAAAAUUAAAACUCCGAAUAAAUUCAAAUCCGUUAGGAAAAAUCACCAACGACCGUCGUCACAGCCGCCACACCCGCCUAAAAAAGACAAUUUCAUAUUAAAACCCAUUUUGAAAAAUUCAAAAAUUGAUUCAUUUGAUAAAAAGAAAAUUGAAAAAAUUUCCGUCGGCAUAGAUGCGACGCCAUCGUCGAGACCAGAAAGCGUUUUAAAACAAAUCCCGAUAGAAUUAACAAAAUCCUUGGAUAGAGGAAUCACUUUUAACGCACGAACGAAUCCGGAAGUCGUCGACGUCGACGCCGGUUACGACGUUGAUGACGUCAUAACCGACGCAGACAAACCCAUUGUGAAAUCUCAAACGAGUAUAAGUUUACAGUUAUUACCAACGUCGGAUGGGAAAUUCGAACCGGAUAUAAUUAAACUCGAACCGAAAGUUCGUGAAAAUUCCACGGUUAAUAAUUUAAAAACAUUUUCCGCGAAAGAAAACGACGUCAUAGUAAACGUCACGUCUCGCGAUUCGCGUGAUUACGAUAAUAAUGAUAAAAAUUCGAAUGGGAAACAUUGCGUUGACCCGUUGGAAAACAUACAGAGAAGAAAUUUUCCAAAAGUUCUCCCCGAUUUUCCAGAAUUUAUAUCGAAUAAAAGAUUUUCAUUUCCGCAACCUUCUACAAACGUUUUAUAUUUUAACGAAUCGAAUCGGAAUAAAUUACAUUCGGUUCCAGAAUCGUCGUUGUCGUCGUCGUCGACGUGUUCGCCAGCACCACCACCACCACCCCCACCGCCACCACCGAGAGUUUCGACCCUACGUAAAAAAGAUAAACAACAACAACAAUAUGAAGAGAAAACGAAAGGAAACGAAACAAAACUUUCAACUUUUACAACAAAAGACGAUAAAUUGAAAGAUUCGACGACAACGACGACGAUGGCGUCGACAUCGGAUCAAAACGUCGUCGUCGUCGAUAACAAUAACGAAACCGAAACCCUCCAUGAUAAAAAUGAUAAUAAUAAUAAUUUUCCAGAUGGAGAAAAAUUAAAAACGACAGAAUCGAUUAUCGAUAAAUCGAAUUUUAAUAAAUUCGACAAAUCGCUACCGACGAAAACGGUUAAAAAUCCCGGUUUAAAACCCUCAAUUAUAAUCCGUUCGAAAAUAGGGCCCAAAAAAACGAGCCAACGAGAAAAUAAUAAUAAUGAUAAUAGUGGUGGUAGUAGUGGUAGCAGUAGUCAAACCGGAACGAAAAAAGCUCACGUAAAUCUUCAAUUGAACCAAGUGGAAAAGUCAAAAAAUUUUCCGGUUUUGGAUUCUAAAGGACCGGAGGGAAAGGAAGAGGAAAAAGAAAAUAAUAGAAAACCGGAAGUGCGGUUACGUCCAGGAUACGUUGGCAACACAAGACAAUAG